AUGGCCAUUAGUACAGAACACCGAUCCUACACGGACCUUGAGGAAGAACUAGAGUCAGAGCAUAGCUUUCGAAGAACUGUGGGGGAUUUAUGUGGACUCCUCCUGGUUAUCAUUGACGAAAAGAUCUACCUACUUCAUCAGACCGCGAAGGAGUUCUUGGUCCGUGACGAAUUGGUGGCGCUGCCUAGUACUGAGCCCUCUCUUUCUAACACAUGGAAACAUUGUCUCUAUUCAAAGGAGUCGAACAAAGUCCUUGCCGAAAGAUGCAUUUGGUAUCUCAGUUUAGCCAAUGAGGAAAUUCACAGAGACCCCUUCUUCACCUAUAGAGCCCAGUAUUGGCCUUUAUAUUUUCGUGAAUCUUGCAUGUAUGGCAUGGAUACAAUAGCAGCACAGGCGCUGUAUCUUUGUAAAGCAAAAUCCAACCAAUACAAGGCUUGGUCACGGUACUCUCCAGCGCCCGAUUGUGUGCAGGAUGACUUAACUAUAUGUCGCUGGCUCCCCCGCUCCCCCACACAUUGCAUACUGUCUUCUUUAGGAUUCGAAGCAUUAGUGAUCUUGCUUCUCAAUGGUGGCGGAGUGGACAUGAAUGUUAAGGACCCCGAGUAUGGGCGCACGCCACUAUCGUGGACCGCAGGACAUGGGCAUGACACAAUAGUCAAGCUCCUGCUUGACGCAGGUAAAAUUGACCCAGGUUCUGAGGACUAUUCAGGAAAAACGCCAUUAGCAUGGGCUGCAAGGGGUGGACAUGAUGACGUAGUCGAGUUCCUUCUUGAUUCAGGAGAGGUUGGCCCAGACUCCAAGGUCAAGUCUCAAGUACUUAAUAUUUCAGCAGGAAGGUCUAGCCCAGGCCCCAUGAUCAAGGUGGACGAAACGCCACUAUUAUUAGCUGCCAAGAUAGGACAUGGCACAGUAGUCAAGCUCCUGCUUGAUACAGGCAAAGUUGACCCAAACCUCAAAGACGACUUAGGAUUGACAUCACUAUCUCAUGCUGCACAAAAUGGGCAUGAGAAGGUGGUAAAAAUCUUGCUUGAUGCAGAGAAUGUGGAUCCAGAAUCUCAAGACAUGUUAGGAAGAACACCGCUAUUAUUGGCUGCAAUGAAGGGCAAGGAAUCGGUUGUGAAUCUUCUGAUAAUAUCUGGCAAGGUUUACCCAGAGUCUAGAGACUAUACGGGCAGAGCACCAUUAUCAUUAGCUGCAGCACAUGGAUAUGAGCGUGUUGUAAAGCAGUUAUAUGAUACGGGGAGGGUGGAUCCUGACUCCAGGAAUGAGAAUUGUCGCACACCAUUCUCAUACGCUGCGGGAGCUGACCCGAACGCACAAUCAACCAUACAUUAUCUAGGAACCGGAAUGUCCAGCAACAAGAUACCGUCUAUUGCUGUGACAUAUGAGCGAGAAAGGCUAUCAGCUCUGCAAGUGCUGCUGGAAAUUAAAGUGGUGAACGUUGAUUCGAGGGACAUAUUUGGACGGAUUCCUCUGUCUUAUGCUGCGGCAGCUAAGUGGCGAGGUCGACAGCUCAUAGAGGUGCUGCUUAAAACAGGGAAGGUGGAUGUUGACUCAAUGGAUGAGGAGGGACGCACGCCACUCUCGUACGCUGUAGAAUCAUGA